ACGCUGUCACAUGACUUCUGCAGCGACGACGACUUUAGCAAGUCGACCUCGCCUGCCACGAGGCAGUGCAGUAUGUUAGAAGCUAGUAGAAUGUCAGAGACACGGACAAGUCCCCCGUGUAGCUGUCACUAGGUGGCUGGACCGGCCCCAGCCAACCAGCGACGCCUCCAGAGUCUCGGUUGUUUUCCACGCCCUCUCUCUCGACCGCAGACCAGGGAGUAGACAUGUCGCUGCCUCCUCUGGACAUGGUGACAGGACUAGCUGCCAAGCUCAUCGGCAGCAUAUCAGGCAGACGGAGCCCAGUACCGAGGGAGAACGCAGCCCAGGAACGACAUGCCAAGGCCCUCCUCCACCCACAGGGGUACAACGUCCCAGAGCUGUCGGAGGAGAAGGUCAGAGUCGUCGUGUAUAGAGACGAGAGAGGAGUCAAGACUUCCGUCUUUGACUCCCAGAUUCACUGCAUCUCUCUGGAGGAUGGAGACAAGGAGCCCCUCGUUACCAAGUCGCUAGGAGACAGCACCAUUCGUCCGUGUUGCCGGAGUCGAGGUGGUGGUUUGACUGACUCAACGGUGUCCGAAGGAUGGAGAAAUAGAUUCUCUAAAACUGCACCUGCAGACUCGGAGCUGCUGGGAGAGAUGAUGUUUGGGUCAAUGCCAAUGAAGGUGGCUGGAAACACAGUCAAGAUACACUACGUCAGGUCCACAGAUCAGCUCCUUCUCACCAAGGUGUUCUACCUCCAGAGACGUGCCCCGGCCCAGUGCAGUCUCAGUACAGAGGUGGUGGUCGACUCGUGUCCGCAGGAGGGAGAGGGGAAGACGUCGUUCAUCCUCAGUGUCACCAGACCUCCUGGACCUCCAGUGAUCCAGAGUAAGAGGACCAGGAGUUUAAUGAUGCCGCGAUCUACACCAGCCAGUCGCUCCCUCCACUCCCUCCCCCCUCACCUCUCACCCUCCCCCUCAUCCCCCGCCUACUCCCCUCCCUCUCCUCACACACUAUCCAUCUCCUCCAGCUACACCAGAAGGAAAAACAGGUCCAGAGCCACGUCACUAGAAGUUGGGUCUGAACUAUAUCGUAAGGUCCUCAAACCUCUUGACAGGGUGAGUACAAUACAACAGAACCACUUUAGUAAAACUGUUUGACAUUACUACUUACAUUUCAAAGAGUGCGGAAAGCUCACAUACCUUGCCUUGCCUUUCUACCAAGUUGUUGAGACAUGUAUAUACAUAUACAUGUAGCAGUGCUCCAUGGACUUGCUUGCAUUCACACACUUUAACCCCCUGCAUUCGUUCCGUACCUGUUAAUUGUAUAAGCUUGAAAUGAGUGACCUUGUAUCUAAUAUGCAAUGACAUCUUCUUCACUCUCCCUCACCCGUGGCCACCAGCCUCCCCGCAGAGGUAGAAAGUACGCCAUGGGAGUGAUUGUCACCCUCAGCGAGAUGAGUCAUCUCCACAUCAAUCACUUCAAAGAUUUCAUCUUCUCCCACUUCACUCUAAUUGACGCCCACCUGGAGCGACUGAAGGAUGGGAUGGAGGAGGCCCUCCUGACGAGGCCGAGCCUCAGAGACAGAACUUCCUCUCCAGAGCUGCCAAGGCCUACCAGUCAUUUCUGGGGGACCUGCUGUCACUGUACAGGUGUCGGAGGAUCCACAGCCCGGUGUGGCUAGGUCUGGUGAGCCAGCAGAGCAGACGACGUGAGAUAUGUCUCCAGUUUACCGAGGAGCUGGGCAGCAUUGUGGCUGAGAUUGACACCAAGGACACCAAACAUUUCUUCUCCACUCUACUGACGGCAGUUCUGUCCCAUCACCUGGCCUGGGUCUACACCGUCUCUCGUACCAACGACGCCCGACAUGCUCGCAACAGCAAAUCGUUGGCAGUAUUGGCAGAGUCUCAUCCUUACAACCCUCUCUGGGCACAACUUGGGGACAUGUUUGGAGCAGUGACUCAGCCUCUGAAGGUGACACGGACGGUCGUAACUGGCCAGUCCUACACCUUGGUCUGUCGUCUUCUCUACCUCCUCACCUACUUCAUCAGAUGUUCAGAGAUCCAGCCUGGUGUAGUUGGUGCCAUGGACAGCCAAACUGGUACUCACGGUGUCUGCCCCACUAUCAGUGGCCCAGAUCCCCAGAAGGUGCCUCCCUCCUCCUCCUCAUCCUCCUCCAUUGGACACCUCCCCGUUCUCGAGGAUAGCGGAGACAUGUUUGAGAGCCGGGCGUCGUCGGCGGUAACCAUGUGCCCCUCCCCCGCUGUUGCCACGGGAACUCCGCUGGUCCGGACACACCCAUUCAGCUUCCGUUCCCCGGUCCCUUCUACCCCUGAAUUUCGCUCCCAUGACAGCAGUCACGACCUCCAUCGCAGUGCCAGUGGAAGUGUGGAUGUCUCUGACAUGCACGGCACCUGGAGGUCAGGCAGCAGCAGUGCGGACGCCGCGUCUCUCACAGGCAGCCGCACCCCUCGCAAGGGCACCUCGGAGUCCCUCGACUCCACACACUCCCACCACGCCACCCCGAGGAGACUGGGGUACGGAGUAGGCUCCUCCGCGGGGUCGUGGAACUCCAACUCCAACCAAGAGAUCAGCAAGCAUCGCUCCUCCUCCUCCAACAUCGACACCGUCCCUGGAGCGGCGAGAACUCUCAGAGACCGUGAGAACCCAGGGUUGGGCGAGUCUCCUCUUGCUGCACUCUCCAUCCCUUCAUACUCGCCCGGGAAAAGGUUUGAAGCCAGCGAUACCCAGAGCUGUUCCAGCGACAUGGAGCGACAGUUUGAAGAAGAUGAUAUCGUGAACUCUGACCCCACGAUGUUGGAGGAGGACGACGGCGUGUCACGGUUGUUGCCCGCGGCAACCAGAAAAACAAAGCGGGAAAAGACGUGGGAGUACAAGAGGUCGCCUGACAUGUGUGCGUCGCUCGCGCCGCUGGAGAGUAUGGGAAUGUGUCGUGUAGAUAUGGACCACGUGACGUUUGAUGUGACUAGAAACUACGCUGGUGAGGCUUCCCCGCCCUCCACUGGAGACGAAGAUGGGGGGAGCCCCUCCCGAAUUGAGUCGUUUGACAGUCUCUCUGAUCUCGCCGGAAACUCCAACACCUUUUCGCGAAACGGAUCUUCAAACUGGAUUGGUGUUGCAACCGGCGGUGUCACUAGCAUUGCACACUCCACACACCCUCCCUCUUUCUCCUCUUCCUCCUUCCCCCACCACCGCUCACACCCUCACGUGCAGCACACCUCACACCCACAUCAUCCUAGCCCCACCCACCACUGCGGGAGCAUCGACAGUGGCUAUAGCAACGACAACUCCAUCGACAUCUCGUCUCUCACCGAGAGUUCGCACACCGGUAUGAACGACAGUCUCUUCACAGGUCCCCGAUUCUCGAUAGGUCUCAGCGCACGGCACCACUGUAAUCCCGAACACUCUAACAUAUUCAUGAGACCUUCGGGGCAAUUUUCGCCUGAUUCUACGACACCGGUAGCGAGAGAAGGCCAAGUGGAGCUGACGAUACAGACGGACGACGCGAGUCUCCGCGAUGAGCUGGAGAAGACGGCGAUGAAACGGCAAGAGAGCGAUGCCAGCUACGUCUCUUCAACGGCGGUCCGACCCCCGACAACGCAACGCAGCGACACUCUCGAUUCAAGCACCACGCCGGUGUGGCCUGGUGGAGAGGGAGGGAGUGAGGGGAGGAGAUGAAGACUGUGAGAAUAGAGACACACUCACUCGUAGGAAGCGGUCGGGGGCCUUUAGCUACCACUCCAGCCGUACUAGUGUAGGCGACUCAUCGACGCUCGAUUCUCGGGAGGGCAGGGGCACUACUGAGAGGGAGGGGAGGGGUGGGGAGGAGGUGAGGAGAUUAGCAAGGGAGCGAGGGAGACAGGUCUCUGGGAGAACAGAGGGAGGCGAAGAAGACGACGUUUUCGGACACGGGUCAAAGUUUGGUGAGAGUGACGCAACGACCGAAGGGGCGAGAGAUGAUGUAAUGUGUGUUGGAGAUGAUGUUCCGGAAGUGAGGGUCAGUUGUAGUUCUCCGCCACAUCUGGACUCGUGUUGGGUCCCUGGCUGCAGUGAUGAGGAGGAACUCCCUUUCAUUUGCUCUGAUACCUGCCCUAUGGACCUCCCAGACAGCCCCCACCUCCCUCCAUCCAUGGCCCUGGGAGUCCCAGACGAAGUGGACGUUGAGGAGAGUCUGUCUCCAGUCAGUAUGAGUGUCCUGAAGGAACAGAGGAGUCUGCUGGCACAGAGACUGCAGGACACGUCUCUCAGGACGCAUGCCGGUCUCCCUUCAACCCCUCUCAUCGACUUUUCUGAACUCAACAUGCCCAGUCUUGAGGAGUUCCAUCUGGCAGAGCAGGAUACCGAGGCCUUGACCUCUGACCCCCUGGGAGGAUGCUCCGCCCACACUCACACCCAGCCUGUACAGGACUUUGGCCACUCCCUCUUUGCUGGCCAUUCCCCCACAUACCUACCAGACUUUGUCCUCCAUGGGACCAGUGAGCCACUCCCCAGCUUCCAGCCCAAAUUGGAGAGACACCUGGCCAGCAUGGUCAAGCAUUCGACGGUGGACGAGCCAGUGGAACAUGGAGUGGCCAUCAUUGCCGACACGGACAACUGGACCUGCAGACUCAUGGUAGCCAGCAAGGACUCCCAGACCAAUGACGUGGAUCUGAGCAUCUCUCCGGUAAAGUUGUCUCGAUACGUCAGACUAAUGAUGGCCUCGUUCAGAGGUCUCUGGGAGAUGAGGAUGCCUCCAGACUUUUGCCUGUCUCACCUGGAAGACAGGUUAUUAGAGCUGAACGAGAGGGGUCUCCUCCUCGCCAACAACCUCAUGGACCAUGGCAACGAUGUUGACCUCAGCGAAGUCUUGCCUGCCACCUUCAAGGGAUUGAGUAUAAGGGACACGGAUGAAACUCUGCUGCUAUCACUGGCUGGGGUCCACUGCCCGGACCCUGACCUCACCGCAAGACUCAACUACACCACCAUGAGGAGAACACUCACCACUCGCAAAUGAUUACCUCAUCGGAAAUAGCUUAUCCAUUACAUCAUCGUGAUGUCGUGGACAUUACAUCACCUUUAUGUCACUGGUGUGAUAUAAUCUCUGCCAUAAUCAUCAUUGUGCCGUGCCCCCUCAAAUUCAAUUAGUAAAAAAAAUUUUUAUAACCCACAAUGCCUAGGAGUCAGUCUAUAGCUGGAGAUCACUUGUCAUUGUACAGCAUUACAUCAUUGUUAUUGCUCAUUGUUGUGUCUCUGGCCUUAUCAUUGUUGUAACACCGUCUUUAUUUGUAAUGUGUCAUGGCUAGUAUUAUCGUUGAGAAUUGGUUAACGUUUUUGUAUCAUUAUUUUUGUGGAGCUAUCUUUGUGUGUGCAAUUAUUAGAAUACUCAUGUCAGUGAUGGUAUAUAGCUAUUAUGAUUUUGAACAAAGAUAUUCCCAUCUUGUUGUAACAGGCAACACGAACUUAACAUAAUUCGCGAGCGAGAG